AUGGCCUCACCUAUGGAUAUCGCACCGCGCUCCUCGUCUCGGCGGGGACCCGACCCGGAGUGCGCCUUUCCCUCAUGGCCUAGGAGGUCAUCUCUCGGAGAGGGCGAGUCUUACGAGCGGGCGACGUCAUACAUCACAGACGACGAGCUGUUCAUGGACGUGUUCGAGGACGACGCCUGCAGCGUCUCGAGCAGCCAAGGCAGCGCCUCGCCCGUCCACUCCCCCGCGGCACCAGUUCUUACCGAAGCCGAGUUCCUCCAGUUGCAAAGGGAGCAGCUUGCCUACCAGCGCGAGAUGAGGAAGAUCGUCCUGGCCGAGAAGGAGAUGCGACGGAGGCAGGCCGAGCAGGACCAGCAACGGCGGCGACCGGGUCCCAAGAAGCGUUCGGCCUCGGCCAAGAAGGCGACCAAGAGCAAGCUCUCUGCCAUGACUACCAUCACCGAGGCUGAGUGA